AUGAAUUACUGGACGGUAAUUGUGUUCUUCUUAUGCAGUGGAUAUGUGCUAAGUGAUGAUAAAAUUUAUCAAGUGGGGUCCUCAUCAAAGGGACGAGAACGAUCGAUCAAAGCCCUCGAGUAUGUCGUGGACGAUGAAGAUAGUUUUCCGAUUGCCUCGAGAGAUGUAGCUCUUUUGGCAGCGACUAUCGAGAGGAUUGAAGGUGACACCUGUCGAGAUCACGCCAGGAUGAUCAUCGAGGGUAUCCAGAACCUAACGACCUGGGCUGUCAAGUUCUAUGAUGCUUCUGCAAAGUUUCCAGAAGGCCUUCUCGCCGGCUCAACCUACGAGCUUGGUAAUUUCGACGAGUGCAUUCAGAUAGGAGAGGGUGACAAUGCACCUCCAGGUCUUGCUGGGAUGUAUUGUCUCGGGGAUGUUGACAUUGAUGUUCCUAAAGACUACGUGAGGAAGACAAACACCAUCUGGGAAAAAUUUCAAAAACCCUCCCAUAGGUAUGAUGAAUCCAUCAAACGAAUGCACUGGGGCAUCUGUGUUCCUGCCUCGUGCAACUCACGGGAUGUGCAAGAGGUCGUCCAGAAGGUUCUCGAUCUCGCUUCCAGUCGAACUCGGGUAACACUCAAUCCGGUAGUUGAUAGCAAACGGUGUUAUAAACGAGAACCACUUCAAGUUGACACUGUUGAUGUCAUAUAUGUUACAAUCAUCCUUGGAAUCACUCUGAUAAUUGCAGUGGGAACAUUAUUCCACGCGAUUCACCUGAAACGUGAUGAAGAGACAAAAGGAUUUCUUCCCCAAGUAUUAGUCUCCUUCUCCCUAAUCUCAAAUAUCAAAAAGUUAUUCGGCCCAGCAAACGAUGACGGAUUGAACCUUGACUGUAUAUCCGGCAUGAAAUUCCUUGCCAUGGGAUUCAUAGUUGCCGGACAUUGCCUUGUAUUCAUUGUCGGUGGGCCUGUCUUAAAUAGCAAUUUUUGGACUGAAGCUGUGACCAAAGUAGAGAAUUCUAUAUUUCUCAAUAAUCCACUUCUAGUUGACACGUUUUUAUUACUCAGUGGUUUUUUAUUUGCUCGAAUUCUCCUGAAAGAAUUGGACAAACGGAGAUCCGUUAACUUUCUUUUUUUAUACAUUCUUCGUUACAUCAGAUUGACACCGGCCUAUUUGGUGAUGCUUGGACUCUAUGUGACAUGGUUACCUAGAUUGGAUUCUGGACCACUUUGGUAUAGGAUGAUUGAAGAGAAGGAAAGAUGUCAAGCGUCCUGGUGGACUAAUAUUCUUUAUGUUAAUAAUUAUGUGAACACUAAUCAGUUAUGCAUGUUCCAAUCAUGGUAUUUAUCAGUUGACACGCAGCUGUUCAUUUUGGCACCGGCAAUAAUUUAUCCUCUAUGGAGGUGGAGAAAAUCCGGUGAAUUAAUACUAGCUGGUGUUACUGCCCUCUCCAUAGCUGUACCUUUCACCGUGACAUUGGUCAAUCGCCUAGACCCAACGCUCAUGGCUUACAGAGAAGAAAUUGAGGACAUCUCUACCAAUGACUUCUUUAGGAAUAGCUACAUCAAGACGCAUAUGAGAGCAAGUGCGUAUUUCUUUGGACUCGUAUAUGGAUACUUCUUAUACAGAAUUCAGGGUGCUGACUAUAAACUCACCAAGACUUACGUAAGAAUCGGUUGGACACUAGCGUCGUUAUCAUUAAUCGCUUCGAUGUUCUCGAUCGGAAUAUUUUAUGGGCCAAGAAAAGAUUACGGAGCUGUAGAUGCAGCUAUCUACUCCGCGAUGCAUCGAGCACUCUGGAGUUUUGGCACCGGAUGGGUCCUUAUAGCUUGCAUCACAGAUAAUUCUGGACCAAUUAGGAAUUUCUUGAAGUGGAGAGCAUUCGUUCCACUCAGUCGAUUGACUUACUCGGCGUAUUUAGUGAAUGGUCUUGUUGAAUUGUACGGCAUUUCUACUACAAGGACACCUCAGUAUUUAGAUAAUUUAAGUUUGGUUGCCAAAGUAUUUUCCCACCUGAUGUUAACCUUCCUCGGUGCCAUUCUGCUCUCCACAAUGUUUGAGUCUCCAAUCUUGGGCUUAGAAAAAGUAUUCCUACGACCAGUACUGAAAAACCUCGAAAAGUCUGACACCUCCAGUCGCAACAGCUCAGAAGAAACCACUAUAAGUGACGCACAAUAAACGAAUUGUGAGGUUAGAUAAUUAAGAAAAACCCCUCAGUACAAUUGUAUAAUUUAUUAGGAAAUAAAAUGUUCACAUUUUUUU